AUGGACCACAUAUGCCGCAACGACAGCACUGUCUAUGCCGUCCAUACUCCUGACGGCAUCCAAUUCAAGCCCAACGCCCUGUUGUCCUUCAUCGACGACGUCGAUGACCUCGUCGAACACCUGUACGCCUCGUUGAACUUCACUUGGGCAGGAGCAGCGAGGGGGACGGAAAUAGAGGACAUACGUUAUAAAAACGGCCAUGCCCCUCGCAAUUUGUACUUCACCAACGGCGUUCUCACCUUUGUUACUUUCUAUAACAAAACCCAGCACAAUACCGGCCGUCCGUCGAUGAUUCCUCGCGCUGUCCCACCCCGCUUGGCACGCCUCUUUAUCAUCCUCCUCGCCGUCAUCUACCCCUGCACCCAGUACAUCGCCAACAUUCAGUCCACCAAAGCCCAUGCCGUCCUCUACAGCAGCUGCAUCUUUGUCCAUCGAGCUCGACCACUCAACACCAAGCGGAUGACUGAUAUUUUGCGACGAUUCACUCAAGAAACCUGUAUAUUUCCCCUGGGCGUUCGCGACUGCCGACAUCUGAUGAAAUUCGUGUUGAAACACGCUGUUGGUUUGGCGCUGCAAGAGGACCCGGGGGACAGUCCGUCAUUGUAUCGAAUCCUCGAUGGACUCUGGGGACAUUCCUCCAAAGUCUCGCAAACAUAUUACGCAGUUGAGGAAGACACGUUCUCUCACAUUGAUGCGAAAGACGUCACCAAAGCACAGAUAUUCUCGCUAGCCUACCACGAAUGGCUCGGGAUUGGUUACGAGCACCUUCCCGCCAACCUUCGCAUUGGCCACACAGAGCCAGCCAAAGCUCUAACUCAGGCUCCCGCAGGCAAAAUUGAUACCACUGCAUUCGUCCAAUCCCUCCAUGCCACCAUUCCUAUGCUUGGCGAUGCCCUCCAAGCCACCGUCUCCGAUGCCGUUCACACCUACAUGGCAAUGCACGCCAUUCAACCUCGUCCGCCUACACUCCGUUCUCUCCCCGUCUCCCCACCCUUUCGCGUCAUCGUCCAUCCGUCGCGCAAAGUGGCUUUGGAACGCCUCUACGGAACCUCGGAGCCUCGUUUUACUAGUCCCCAACAAGGUGAACUCUUCGAACUUGUCAUGCAGAACACCCGCCACGUCUUGGGCAUUCUGCCGACUGGCGGUGGAAAAAGCUUGAUGUUCUAUGGCCCCCCGCUGAUGGAAUCGGAGGGUAUAACCAUCGUAGUUAGCCCCUUCGUUGCCCUAGCGAAUCAGCAAUACCGAGAAGCCAAGCGGUAUGGCAUUGAUGUAGUUCAAUGGCCAUCAUCCACCUGUAAGGGCAACCUCAAGAUGGCCGACAGCGCAGGCCUAGCAGAGGGAGAAUCCAAAGAUAAUGAAUAA